AUGGCACCUGCCGCCUACGCCUGUCAUAUCUGCGUUUUUCAAAACCAAAUUCAAACGCUCUUCUUUCAGGCCACCAAUCCUGGUUCGUUCGAACCACCCGAGAGCGAUGUGCAGUGGUAUCGCAACGGCGGAACACUGGUCUGCCAUGGUCCAGUCGCAAUCGGUACCGAUCGCACGGCUGCGAAGCUCACAGUUGAUGGUGAUAUUUACAUCACCGGACAGAUGACCCGUCCGUGCGAUAUUCGCCUGAAAGAGGACAUCGUUGAGAAGACGUCACGAGAUGCACUCGAACAUUUGCAACAACUGCGUAUCGUCGAUUUCCGUUACAAGCCCGAAAUUGCGGAACUCUGGGGUCUCACUGAGGAGCAGCGUAGACGAACCGGCCUCAUCGCUCAAGAGCUGCAAGCUGUGAUUCCCGAUGCGGUUCGCGAUAUCGGUACGCACUUGACUGUUGACGAGUCGCGAAUCUUCUACGAGACUGUGCUGGCGAUGCAGGAGCUGUGCAGGCUUACUGGAGACCUUGACACCAAAAUCGAUGACAAGGUCGAGGAAAUUAGUCAACGUCUCGCGCGAUACGCCAGAAGGAAGAAGCUGAUCGGACAUCGCUUGGCAUCCACUGCUCCAUCAGUAGCCAAAGAGGGACGUGAAAGACGAAAGAAUCGCACCUGCCGUACCCAAUGCCAUCGUCAGGAACCGCUCUGCAACUCGAAACUAACCCAAGGGACCAUCAUUACUUUGGUGGUGGUCAAUGGCUGCUUGUCUGAUCGCAAUGUCGGCUUUGUACAUCAUCCGUACCUUCCGAUGCUUCAACCAGAUGCACCGCCGUUAAUGGCCACGUGUCGCUCGAAUCAUUGUCACACCUACUGUUGCGCUGAUCGGGCCAAGUAUCACACUGGAAAUCAAGUAAAUGAUAUGGACACGAUCGUGACGUUGGGCGAGCACACGAAGAACAUGAUAGCGCGUAGUGCACCGGAUAUUUCCACUGGGAAACCGCUUGGCACCGGCGUACGGAUCAUGAUUCUCAGCUUGAACGUCACCAUUGACAAUCGUUACUGUAUUGAGCAAAGCUGUAAUAAGAAACGUGGCCGAUUCAACAUGUACAUUCCGGUGUCACCGUAUCUGCCAACGCUCCCAUUGGAAAUCACCUUUGCGGUCCCGAAAGGAAAACUCGUGAACAACUGCGGAUAUCUGGCCGAUUUCCAGCACAAGUAUUGUGCAUUUGACAGUGACAAUUUCAAAGCCGAACGUCUAAGGAAUCCUAUGGCUAACCAGAUCACGGACGACACAUUCGAGUUGUCGGUGGGCAGUUAUUUGCAGUCGGCCUACCGUUUCCGCGUUGGAUUUACAACGGAAUCAUGCUUUUCAAGCGAAGAUCACCUUCAUGGUGGUUUUGAAGAGUACAAUCUGAUCUUUUAUCGUACAUGUGCACCGCCAGCCAGUGUAACCGAUGCGCCAUCGGUUUGA